AAGCACCGAAGAAGAAAUGCCAUGACGUAACUUACGAGCGCCCAUCACCGAUGCUUGAAACUCUCGAUGUCACGUUAAUCGUCAAAUACACUUUUUGCGUCAUGAAUACCGCGGGUUAAAUAUUUAGUAGAGUACAGGCUCGGCUUGCACUUAGACCUCAUAAAAGGAUAUCUGAGCCAUGGCCAAUGCUCAGUCUGCUCUGAAGAUGGCCGUGUGCCUCCUCGUGAUAGCAGAGCUGCUCCUUGCCGAGAAGGACUACUACGAAAUAUUGGGAGUGCCAAAAGACGCGACUGAGCGGCAGAUAAAGAAAGCUUUUCACAGGCUCGCGAUGAGGUAUCACCCUGAUAAAAACAACAGCCCCGACGCUGAAGUGAGAUUCAGGGAAAUUGCAGAAGCCUAUGAGACGUUAUCUGAUGCGACCAGAAGAAGAGAGUAUGACCGGUUUGGUGGCGGUGCCUCUUAUUUCACAGCAGGUCCACAACAGACGCAAAACGCGCACCAACCAUUCAGUUUCAAAAUGGAUGACAUCUUUAAGGACUUUGACAUGUACAACCACAACAGCCGGCAUGCCCGGCAGAGGCAACACUUUGAUGAACAUUCCCCGAGAGAACCCCACGGCCGACACAAGAGACACUUUCAAGGAGCCGGCGUCUUUGGCGACCUGUUUGAUGACAUUGAGAAGAUAUUCGCCUUCCACAGGCGCGCCACGCCAACUGAAAGUGUCUUCCGCGCUGCCUCCAAACAGCAUUGUAGAACAGUGACGCAGCGCAGAGGGAAUAUGGUGACCACGUACACAGAUUGCACUGCAUCCUAGGAUGCAAAGGUCACCUUUCUUGUAGACAGUAAUGACGAAUAAGAAAGAUUUAGUUGAAUAUUUGAAGGGGGAGUUUGCCGUGUUACUGCUAGCAAGAUAUGAAUGUAAUCUGAAUUUUUUUAAAUUUACAAUCAUUUACAAAUCACAAAGCUGUGAUAAACGUGGCUGUCGUGCAGAAAUGUUUCUAAUUCCAUGUCUAAUUUCAUGGAUAUUCCACCAUAUCUUAAAUUAAGCUCCCAAAAUCCAGGAUAAUAGCUCAGAGUUAGGCCAUGGCGGUGUGCUCUGACUAUAUGGACACCUCAGCAGUCAUUCCUUCUCUGAUUGGUUGUUUCGGUUAUUUCUUAAAAAUCAACAGUCGAAAUUAAUUCCCAUGGAAAGUUUCUAACGUUACAAUUCAGAACUCCCUGAAUGGAACAUUGAAAGCUGCUGGCCCAAAUGUGACUUUUUCCUAAAUGUACUUGGAAAAAAGAGGGUUAAGCAGUAUCAAAAACUAUCGAGCUGUAUAUAUAUUUUUUGUCAAUAUACUGUAGAAAACAUCACCAUACAUUUGUUGUAGUUGUAACUCACAGAACAGUGUAGUACAAAUAAUAUAGAGAAGACACGUUUUGUAACAUGUUACUUCAUUCCUAGCUAGAGAGAUAACAUUGUCGGUUAUGUGCAAUAUUUGUUUGCUUAUUUGAUGUUGUAAAAGAUCCAAUGCAAACCUGCCUUUUCUAUGAGGUUGUAGGGUAGCCUUUGCUUUUUGAAGUUGUGUUAUGAAAAAUAAAAAGUUAAGACCAAG